CCCCUGUACACCAAGCAUCUCUACCAAAGAACUCAGCCUCCGUUCCCAUCUGCGUCCCUGGUGAGGUGUGUGAUGUUGGGUCCUGGGCUUCUGUAUCAGUCUUGUAGCUUGUCUCUGUCACUGUCCCCACUGUAUCCACAUCUUGUGUCAUCUCUGGACAUCUGGAAGCACCUGUCUCUGCAGUAGUGGACCAUGUGAGGUCUUUCCGCUUCUUUGCUCUUUCACCUGAUACUCAUGGAUGACUCCACCCAUGGCAAAAAGAGUGACCAUGUGUGAAUAAGGGGUGUGGAAAACAGGGCUGAUGCGAGAGAAGUGGAAGGGCAAAUGUGAAGCUGGAGAACCAGACUGUGAAUCUCCUCCCAGAACCUGAGCACCCAAUCACCCCCCCCCCCCCCGCAUCUGCCUCACCCAUCAGAGCCCAGUCCUUUUAGAACCCAGCAAUAUGCUCCCUAUCUCCUCAGAGCCCUGGAGGCUGCCCCCACCCAGUCCCCUCUCCCUCUGCUGGGGCUGGGUCAGGAGUCUGCCCAUUCUGUAUUCCUUUUCCCAGAUCCCACCCAUUCAGCAGGCGCCCAGGUGCUUGGCUCUGUGACACAGCAGUUGCGGUCUCUUGUUAUCAGGGCACCCUUGUGGGGUGGGGCGGUUCCAUUUACUUAAGGUUGAGACCUGGGGGGCCCCAGCCCUCAUGACGUCAAACAUGGAUCCAUUUAAGCUGAGAGGACCCCAGCCCAUGGUCCCUAGCAGCUGUCCAACUCCAACAUGGCCCAGCCAGCCCACUGCAUCCGCUCCACCUUUGGCCUCCACUGCUGCCUCAUCUUCCUUUUAGCUUCUCAGGAGGCAGGUGCUAUCACAUUUCAAGAACUUCAGAAAACUGGUGAUUCCCCAGCAUCUGAUAAUUUGUUCCCUCCUAUUUCAGGCUUUGUUUAUAGUGCACCCCCUGAUCAUACUGCUCUUCAGUCAAGCCAUAGCCCUCUAGACCUCACUAAAUCUACAGAAACCCAUAAUCUAAAACGCAAUUGCAACACUACACACCAUCUCAAGCCGAUUUACAAACACAUAGGUAAUUCCCAAAACUCUACAAGUCAUCAUGAAGUUCUUCCUACUUCUGAAAAAACCCCGAGCAAUCAAGGAAGAGACCCAAAUGUUCGGAAUGGACGGUCUAUUGAUCCUACUGACUCUACUAACACACAUAAAGGAUCGUCUGGUGUAAAAUAUCCAACGUCAGCACCCAAGAUCAAAACAACUUGCCUUAGGUUCAAAUCAGUUAUAGGAACAGAUAAAAGUGUAACAUCUUCGAGAAACAUUACUUCAGAGAGUAAAAGCGCUACUUCACAGAAGACCAUAAAUCCUGUCUACAACUCAGGAAAUUCGGAGAGCAAAAAAAUACCUAUGUAUUCCUCAGGCAAAAGCACAACAGCCCCAUCAGAUGAGGUUACAAGAACCCCACGAAGGUCAGAAAGAGCUGGAGAUCAUACAAUAGCUGCUAAUCUCAGAACUACAGUUGCCUCAGGCACAACAAUGAUGAAGACUACAGGACAUAUAAACAGGACAUCACCCAUUGAAAAGACCACACAAAUACCAGCAACACUUAGAGAACAUGGACACAGCACCAUAUCAGCUCAUAUAAAUAUCACAAAAUCACUAGAAAACUCACUAGAACAUGGAAAAGUAGCCACAUUGCCUUAUGAGAAGACUCCGGGAGUCCCAACAGAAUCUACAAAAUAUGGAGAAGAGACUACAUCAACCAAUAAGAAAACCACACUAACCCCCCAAAAGUCCAAGAAACAUGGACAGAACACCACUCCGGACAGCAGAAGGAUCACAAGGGCCCCAGAAGGGCCCACUGACUAUGGUGAGAAGACAACCCCCGCCAAUGGGAAGACCAUGAGAGCCCCAGCAGGGCCCAAGGACCAUGGGAAGACCACCCCAGCCAACAGGGAGGUCACAAGACCCGUGGAAGGGCCUAAGAAUCAUGAGAAGAAGACCACUACAGUCAACGGGAAGACCACAAAUGCCCCAGAAAGCCCCAAGGGUCAUGGGGAGAAGACUACAUCAGCCAACGUGAUGAUCACAAGAACCCUAGAAGGGCCCAAGGACUAUGGGGAGAAGACCACCCCAGCCAAUGGGAAGACCAUGAGAUCCCCAUCAGGGUUCAAGGACCAUGAGAAGAUCACCCCAGCCAACAAGGAAAUCACAAGAUCCCCGGAAGGGCCUAAGGAUCAUGAGAAGAAGACCACUACAGUCAACAGGAAGAUCACAAGUGCCCCAGAAGGCCCCAAGGGACAUGAUGAGAAGACUACAUCAGCCAAUGGGGUGACCACAAGUGUCCCAGAAGGGCCCAAGGAACAUGAGGAAAAGACCACAAGAACUCCAGAAGGGCCCAAGGACCACAGGGAGAAGACCACCACAGUCAGGAAGAUCACAAGUGCCCCAGAAAGGUCCAAGAACCAUGAGGAAAGGACUACACCUGCCAAUGGGAUGAUCACGAGAGCCCCAGAAGGCCACAAGGAAUAUGGGAAGAAAACCACAAGAACCCUAGAAGGGCCCAAGGCCUCUGGUGAGAAGACAACGCCAGCUAAUGGGAAGACCACGGGAGCCCCAGAAGGGCCUGAGAACCAUGGGGGGAAGACCACUAGAGCCCUAGAAAGGACCAAGGACCACAGGGAGAAAAACACCCUGGCCAAUGGGAAGACGACAAGAGCCCCAGAAGGGCCCACGGACCAUAGGGGGAAGACCACUAGAGCCCUAGAAGGGAUCAAAGACUAUGGUGAGAAGACAACCCUAGCCAAUGGGAAGACGAUGAGUGCCCCAGAAGGGCCCAAGGACCAUGGGAAGACCACCCCAGCCAACAGGGAGACCACAAGAGCCCUGGAAGGUCCCAAGCAUCAUGGGGAGAAGACCACCACAGUCAACAGGAAGACCACUAGAGUCCUAGGGGGGCCCAACGACCAUAAGGAGAAGACCACCCUGGCCAAUGGUAAGACCACAAGAGUCCCAGAAGGGUCCAAGGAUGAUGGGGGUAAGACCACCAGAGCCCUACAAGGGUCCAAGGACCAUGGGGAGAAGAACACAACAGUCAAUGGGAUGACCACGAGAGCCCCAGAAGGCCCCAAGGACCAUGAGGGGAAGACCACUAGAGCCCUAGAAGAGCCCAAGAACCAUGGGGAGAAGAACACAACGGUCAAUGGGAAGACCACAAGAGCCCCAGGAAUUCCCACAGACCAUGGGGAGAAGAUCAUCUCGGCCAACAGCAAUACCACAAGAGCCCCAGAGAGGCCCAAAGAACAUGGAGAAAAUGCCACUCCAGCCAAUAAGAAGACAACAAGAACUCAAGCCAAAUCUAUAAAACAUGGAGUAAAGGCCACAUUGGCCACUGAGACCACAAAACCCCCAAGAAAACCUAAAGAAAGUGUAGGAAAAAACACAGCUCCCACAGAGACUAUAAGACCUCCAUUCAAUGUCACAGGAGACAAAUCUGUCACUAAUACCUCUCCUGGUUCAAAUAAAACUGAUGUUACCUAUGGGGUACCCAUUGGUUCUUUUACACUCACCACAUCUCACAUAGAGCUGAGUUCCAUCAUGUCAGAAGCCCCAGGCAACCAAAACCAUCCAUAUCAGAACAAAGAUGGCUCACAGGGAGGUCUUCGUGCUGGAGGAAUGAGGGAGAAUGAUUCAUUCCCUGCAUGGGCCAUAGUUAUUGUGGUCCUGGUGGCUGUGAUUCUCUUCCUGGUGUUCCUUGGCCUUAUCUUCUUGAUUGCCUGUACGAUGAAAACACGCCGUGCACUGGUCCAAAACACAGAGGACAAUGACCCAGAGGAUGAUGGGGGCCCUAAUUCCUACCCAGUCUACCUGAUGGAGCAGCAGACUCUUGGCAAGGGCCAGAUCCCUUCCCCACGGUGAUCCUUCAGAAAGGUCCCAGCUCUUCCAUGUCCUUCCUAAGAUGAGGAAUUAGACUCACCAUUCCUAUUUCCUGGACACCAGGAAGGGCAGAGUACUGGCAGUUAACAGCAUUAACUCUUCAUCAGCUGUGUUCUUAUUGAAACUGGUCAAGGGAUGAGGUGAUAAGCAAGAAGGAGAAGCAAGAAGGGAGAUAAAGAAGAAAGAAUGAAUAAUGCAAGUGUUCUCUGCAGAAGAUGGUGGUCUUGGAAUGAAAACAUGUUUGAUGGACACAUGGGGUAGACACCAACAUAGGACACUGAGUCUUGGGAGGAGCAGCAUGACUAAAGGAAGUUUGGGGGCCUUAGAAGGCAAUGCCCCAUAUCUGACUGUGAGUUGGAGAUUGAGGACAGAGUUCCUGGGUGUCAGGACCAAUCUAUAAUAUUUCCAUGUACUAUUACUUAGAUGUUGUGUAUAAGCAGGCUCGUCUUUGACUUCCCAGGACACUUGCCUACCUCCUUUUUAAAAUGAAAAAAGUAGAAUCUGAGAAGAAAAGAGAACUUAUUUCCUUCACCUUCUCUAUACCAAGGAGAAAGGAAAAUUCCAGAAAAGAUAAUAAAUGUCUCUCAUCCAGAUGGUUCUUCCCUCUUCCUUCUGAAUCCUUUAGUUUUUUCUAAAUGUCUACAGUAGACAUCCUGCUGGUCUGGCUUUCUGGGUUGUGGGUGGCACAGAGGGAGGGAUUUUUGUGUGGUCUGCAGUCUUAUCCAUUUAUCCCCAUUCCAGACUGUCCCUGAUGGUGUUCCCCACUCAUUAUUUAUUUUCCUGUCAGUUCUACCAAAAGCCAGUCCAGGCUUUUUUCUGGAAGAGUCACUUGCCUUCUCCACUGCCCCCAUUCUCUCUCUACUCACACUUUCACCCCAGAUUUUGAUAUUCCCCCUUGUAGGCAUAUCAUCUGGAUUUUCUCUCCAACUAUUAAAGCCCUUUCACCUAUUACUGAUUUGGCAUAGUGGAAAGAAUGAACAGAUAAUAGAUAGCUUCCUAUCUAUUGGUCUUUUUAUAAUAAAGUAGAAAAUAUUUGUAAAGUAA